CAUCUUCCAGCUGUACAAACCAAAACGCGCAUUUGUCUUUUCUUCAGUCUUCACCAAACCCAUCGUCCGAACCGAACCUUCUUCUCUGACUCUGACCGUGUCUUCCCUUACUAUAAAUACACACCAUUUUAACCUCUCUAACAAAUCUUCAGUCAAAACAAAACCCACCAAAAAAAGAAGAAGCUAGAUAUGGCGAUGAUCAACUACUCCACCAUCUUGUUUCCUCUGCUUGCUGCUAUUAUGAUUUACUCUGUUUCCGCCAAUUUUCACCAAGACGUGGAGAUAACUUGGGGAGAUGGACGUGGACAGAUCACUAACAACGGCGAUCUUCUUACACUCUCUCUCGACAAGUCUUCUGGCUCAGGAUUCCAAUCCAAGAAUGAAUAUUUGUUUGGUAAAAUCGACAUGCAGAUCAAGCUCGUCGCCGGAAACUCCGCAGGAACAGUCACUGCUUACUAUUUGAAAUCGCCUGGAUCUACAUGGGACGAGAUUGAUUUUGAGUUCUUGGGAAAUCUAAGUGGUGAUCCUUACACACUUCAUACCAAUGUCUUUACUCAAGGCAAAGGAGACAGAGAACAACAGUUCAAACUCUGGUUCGAUCCCACUAUUGAUUUCCACACUUACUCUAUCCUCUGGAACCCACAACGCAUUAUAUUCUCUGUGGAUGGAACUCCAAUAAGGGAAUUUAAGAACAUGGAAUCUCAAGGAACAUUGUUCCCUAAGAACCAACCGAUGAGGAUGUACUCAAGUCUAUGGAACGCCGAAGACUGGGCAACAAGGGGUGGUUUGGUCAAAACCGACUGGUCUAAAGCUCCCUUCACCGCUUCAUACCGUGGCUUCAGUGAAGAAGCUUGUGUCGUGUCAAACGGAAAGUCAUCGUGCUCCAACGGGUCAGGACAAGGGAGUGGUAGUGGUUCGUGGUUGUCCCAGGAGUUAGACUCGACGGGUCAAGAACGGAUGAGAUGGGUGCAGAGUAAUUACGUGAUCUACAAUUACUGUACGGACGCUGAGAGGUUCCCUCAAGGUCUUCCACGAGAGUGUCUAUCUGCGUAGAGCUUUUAAACGAAAGAUCCACAGCCAUAAAAUAAUACUAUUCUUUUGUUCAUCAUAUAAAGUAUCUUGUGUUUUGGUCACAAAUUUUAUAUUCCAUGUAAGUAUGUACUAUGUGAAUGUAUAUUUAAGUGAGAAAAGGUUUUUUAAGUGAGAAAA